AUGCCAUGUGAUGUUCUUCUUAAGCGAAUCGGAGAGAUCAACCAGGUUUAUACCCAGUCCGCCGAAAUGCGUCCCCUUGGUUGCGCCAUGAUGGCUAUUUCCUAUGAUGAGGAACUCCAAUGUGCUCAGCUUUUUAAAACGGACCCAAGCGGCUUCGUUGCUGGCCAUAAAGCUGCAUCAGUGGGCACGAAGCAAAUUGAGGCAAAAAAUUAUCUUGAAAAAAAGGUAAACUUUCCGGAAAGUAUGUAUCAUCCAAUUAUUGCAGUCAGUGAGCUUCAUAUGAUAUUUAAGUCCUAUUGUUAUAUUUGUAUGGUGUUUUCACUUCUCGACGCUUUUGUGAUUUGCGUUUGAGGGUCUGCGUGGCAGGCUGGUUGUAGUCUGCCUGCGUGCGAUUUGUUCAAUUACCUUUUCAUGCACCAACGUAGUUUUGCUUGAACAACAUGGACGGUGAAGUCCCGAGCGGGUUUAGACGGCAUUCAUGGUACUUAUGACCUUUUUAAUGGGAAAACCUAGUUUUACGUGUUUAAAUUUCGCUAUCGAUCUAACUCCCAAGUUGUCCGUUCAGUUUAGACUCAAACAGACCAAUUGUUGAAAGUAGCCAAUUUUUCAUAUGUCCAUUUCCCUAUCCUUGCCCCACGGCUCGUCAGUGCACACUUCUACCAGUAAUUUUUCAGAGAAACUGACAGCCCAGUUGUUGUUCGUUCAUGUCGUAGCAAAGUUUGUACUUUUAGUGUCCAGUCGGAUACGUCUCUAUAGGCUAACGUGCAGAAGAGUUUCCAGGGGAUUUAUGUCCAAGUUGCUCGUGGAUUGCAAUUUUCCACGCAUUUGUCUAGCCUGUCGUGCAACCGCGUCCUUCACACACUUGCAUAAUUAAAAUCACAGUUAACAUUUGCACCCACCUUCCACACCUGUUUUCCGAUUUCCCGUAAAUUAGCGUUUAGAAAAUGCGGUCAGGUCCUGCAGUAUGGCGUCUGCUGAGCCCUAAACUACCGAUAAAUGUGCUAUUUAUUCGUAUAAUCCUACUAUGUACAGGUAAUCUUCCAUUACGUUUCUAAAUAGAAGGCUGCCUUUUAUACUGACCAUCCAAGUUGUUAUUAAGAAAAAAGUGUCAAAAAGUGAGCAGUACUUGCUUGCGUUUGGUACGGCUGCGGCGGAGUCAACAAAGCAAAUUAACCUUACUUGCUGGUAGUCAUUGCGGGAUUCAAAAGCGCAUCACAAUGUGAAUGUCUGGUCGAAACAUUUACAUCGGACUUGUUGCCCAACUUGGUUGAGUCUCGUCCUGAAGUCACAUGUACUGUGAAGGCGCUUAAGAACGACAGUGACCUUUGCAACAAUGCCGACAAGGCGCAUGCCGUGGUAGCUUUCUCACCUUGUCUUGUUUCCCUUACUGAAGGUAGGCACGAGCAUACCUAGUCUCAUUCGCCAGGGAUCCCAAAUACCCGUUCGUGUUGUUUUUUUCAGAGUGUAGUUGUCACAACUGCCUCCGUCCAACCCGUCAAAAAUAAAUCUGAGUACCAGGUAGCGCAGUGGUUGCCACUCCGAAGAGCGGUUGAACUUCGUGCUCGACUCUUGAUUGUGUGCUAGCUCUUCGGGCGAAUCCCGGGUUAUGGGUUGUGCCGACGUAUGCAAUGAGAAUGGCUUCAACCAAGCUCUACCGCGUCGCGCAAUAUAAAAUAAGUUGUAAAUACCUCAACGUGCGUGUUGUCGAACUCGCUGCAAGUUUUGGUCACCACUGCUCUCGAAUAGCGUGAGCCGACUCCCGGACUGAGCGCAAAUACGCUUACUAGAUAUUUACACAUCGGCUUUCACCGAGUUCCGUCAUGGCUGCAACCAGUUGACAGCUGCGUGCCCUAUUCUCUUCUCUAAUUUCAUCUAUUGCGAUUCCGUGUGGAAAAUAAUGAAACCAGCCGGCCUGCGGACCGAAACGUCGCAAUCAGAGCCCAUUAUUUCUUCAUUCGUGGUAACGUUCCAGCUUACGGCGUUUAAUCAUAAUUUUUGAAAUUUAACUCCGAUCUUGCGCAGAUCGCGGAUACUUGCCGUUUUUUUAGCACUCGCAACACCUUCAAGUCCGCCAGGAUAUCCAAGCCGCUAUGGGGGUCUUCGUGUACAGGGCAUCUGUCUACUUGUUUCAUCUUUGUGGCUCAGACCGGUCGAAUACAUCUGAACGAUUGAGCCUUUGCCGUUCCUCAUACUGAAAAUAACGGAGUGCCGUUUGGGGUGGAGACCUGAUUCUACACGAUUCAAAAUUUUGAUGGGUUUUCGAACUCGAAGUAUUCCGUUUCUCCUUCAGGAGGGGAAAAUGAUUAAAGCUUUCCAGAUCUGUUGCCGCAUUUUGAGAGAGCGUACAGUCAAUUCUCGCCACUAGCAAGUUCAGCCGCAGUUGCAGCCGUAUCUAGUUAAAUACCUCGCAACUAUACUCUGAGAUACGUCUUUGAAAGUUUUCUUAAAUGUUGGCUUGAAGAAGACGGCAGCAUUUUUAUUCUUUUUUAAUCUAAGCCCUUCAAAUCAUUUAGUGACCUGCACAACUUCCAGUCACUGUCUAAAAAUGUAUUCUCUUCUCCCAGUUAAGGAAAAGACAAAACUUCACACUGGAUGAGGCUGUGGAGGCUGCGAUUAGCUGUCUUUCGCACGUCUUAAGCCUGGAGUUCAAACCAAACGAACUCGAAAUCGGAGUCGUUUCAAAGGAAAACCCAGUUUUCAGGCAAGUUUCGACAACUUCGACACGUAUCAUUAUUUUAGUCGGGGUUGAGACCGUCAACGCGACUCAUUAAACAAUCCAUUGGUUCAUAAUUUUCCUGGCUGUAUAAUUGUAGUACUAUUUUUUGUUCCGCCCGCCAUGCGUCAUUCUCUGGAGCCCCAUAUGAGACCCGUAUUGUGUCCGUCAGUCAGCCGUUUCUUAGUAAUUAUCACACAUUAGGACCAUCGAGACAAAUACUCGUAGUUGCGUAUUUGUCUCCCAUAGUUGCGAGGUACGUUGUUAAACACGGUGACAGUAUCUCCUAAUAUACAUUCCUUCAGAUGCAAAAAUCAAGGGUUCAGUAGGAAACUGUCUUCAUCUCACCGGAGCCUCGCUUCACAAUCUAAGGUGAUAUUAGUGAACUGAGGUGACGAAAGCAGCUUUCUUCAUUGGCAGAAUCAACUUCUCACUAGCCGCUAUGCAGAACCUGCUACCCGAACAUGAAACAAACUCUUCGAUUUAAACAUUGUCGACGGCGCUACAGCCGGCUCCAGCUAUCAUUGCAUACCCUAGCGCCAAACUUCAGCAGGUCCUUUCGGACAACUACCCUUACAGGACGAAUGUGUAAAGCACUGGGAUUUUUAAAUGCGAAAAGACCAUUCAGUAGAAAUAUGAUUUCGGCAUUAUUUGCGGUACGAGUUCUAGCACUUCAGCACUGUUGAGUUACUCGACCAAGUAGCAAAAAGGGGUCACUAAAGUGUCCUAAAUUUGAAUAGUGUUGACCGGACUUCUCAUUACGAUUCACCAGAUUUAACUGAUGUCUUGACUUCUCACAAAUCCUGCAAAAUCGGCGGGUACCCGAGAAGAGUACCAGACCAGUUAGCAGCAGGGAUGUUUUGGAAUGGAAUCGUGAUUCUACCGAUAACGCUUCUCACUUUGCGGAAAAUUACUCAUUUUCCCUACUACAUCGGUUUAUUUUCUGAUUCUGCGAACAAAUUUAGGUCUAAGUCCUACCUUUUACUUUACUUUUGUGCUUUAUACUCUCCUUUUGAACAGCCAAGUUUUUCGUUUCAGGGCCCUGACGGUGGAAGAAAUCGAUACAUGUUUGACUCGAAUGGCUGAGAAGGACUAA